AUGGUCCAGUCCAAGGAAAAGGAAAAGGGUAUAGUAGUGAGAAUUUGGUGCUCCCGCAUUCUCUCGGCCCGAAAUUUAUAAAGGAUAUAAUAACUUUGCAUGCGUAAAACCGCUAUAAGGUUGGUUCAAACAUUUCAUGUAAAUCUCUCUUCUUUUAUUGGAUUAGCUUUCAUUGUAAAAAUAGUAAGGAUAUGUGAGCCAUGAAGACUUGAUAAGAAUUGCGGGAACUUUCGCUACAGUCCCAUGGUUUUGUCGUUGUAAUGCGGCCAGGAGGAGCAGGAGGAGGAGAUUGUUGUUGAUGAAGCUGUUGGCCAAGGUGAAGAGCCAGAAGAAGCCACCGAUGGGGAAGAGGGGGCCCCGGCCGAGGGAUUGUCUGAAGAGAGAGUAGGAGAAGAACCCACCGGGACUAUGUCCAAUGGUGUCAGCUGCACUUCAGUCAUUUGCGGCACAUUCAAGAGGAAGGUGAGUAAAAAAAUUUUUGUUUGUUUUUAAUUUUGGGAGUGGGGCGGACGUCAUAAGACGAUUAAUUGUUAUGAUUUUUCAGCACUGAACCUGUUGGAGAACGCCGAUAACGGCCCGCUCGGCCGGUACAGCCGGGCCGUCCUGGGGGUCUCCAUUCCGGAGUGCCCCUUGGUAACCGGCGGCUGGACUCCCGGUCGGCGGUUCAGGACCCGUGCGGCACGGGAGACUGCGGUUUCCCAGUUGCGCGGCCUGGCGCCGCCCGUCCUGCAGCCAGCCGACGGUCCGGCCGGCUUGCUGGCCGACGCUGAAUGGCAGCGUCGUGUUGUUUGUUGUUUGUGUUAAUUUUUGAAUUUUAAGUCGUAAUAAAGCUGUUGUUGGACAAACAAUGGACACUUUCCUUUCUUCAAUUAUUGGGUUGGAUAAUAACUGGGUAGGGUGGGGGCAGUAAAUUAAAAGAGCCAGUAGCCUAUCGGACUCAGGCUAAAACACCGGAGAAAAGAAAAUUAGGAAUUGAGGGCAUUACAGAGUGGUAAAGCAAAAUUACGCCCCAAAUCUGACAAUUCCGACUCAAAUCAGGAACUGCUGGUGUCAAGUGAUGAUGAGGAAAGUUAUUAGAAGCGUUAAAUUUCGCGGGCCGAAAUUAGAGUUCAAAACUUUAGUGAGUACGUGCUCAGGUCGUUAAAGAUUUUGGACCCACAAACUUUUGCUAAAUUGACGACAAAUCUUUGUGCAGUAUCAUUUGGUCUAAAAGAGGAUUCUUAAACGCUCCGCCGCCCUGUCAUAAAUGUAUAUACAUCCGCGAGCAUCUGAUCUGCGUUGUCUACCGCCGAGAGCGGAUGAUUUUUAUAUCCUUACAAAGCCAAUUGUGAGCUCUCAAAGCUCUGUAAGUUCCAUCGACCUACGAUCAAAGCUCUCUACAUCUUGUGACGACACUGAGAUUUGGAUAUAAUCACUUUGCGCUCGUAAAACCGCUAUAAAGUUUGUUCAAACAUGUCAUGGAAAUCUCUCUUUUAUUGGAUUAGCUUUCGUUGUAAAAAUAGUAAAGAUAUAUGAGCUAUGAAGACUUGAUAGGAAUUGCGGGAACUUUCGCUACAGUCCCAUGGUUUUGUCGCUGUAAUACUGUCGCUUCAGCAGCGAAAAAUGUCUGAAGAUGUUUUGAAAUGCAGUAAAGUGCUGUCUUCAUUUCGGGGGUGUCUUCGACGCACCCCUUGAAUAACAACAUUGAUUGCCUUUUUUAGUGAACAAACGAAGAUUUUCCCAAUGGCUCGUAAAAAUGAUGAACAAACCCAUAUCCUCGGUCAAGAAAAUCUCGGACCCGGAAUACGGUAAGAGUUGAGGAUUUUAUGACCUUAUAGCGGGAAAAAUAUGUUGUGAAGUAUUUCACCAAAAUUUUUCAGCCAAAUCUAAGCCCGCUAUUCGGCCGCAAUUUCGAUGCGCAAACUCCGAUACGACCAAGCCCUGCGACAAUAUAAAGCCUCGUAAAUUUUGUGCCAAAAAUGUAUUGAACACGAAUGGACGUCAUAAGACGAUUAAUUGUUAUGAUUUUUCAGCACUGAACCUGUUGGAGAACGCCGAUAACGGCCCGCUCGGCCGGUACAGCCGGGCCGUCCUGGGGGUCUCCAUUCCGGAGCGCCCCUUGGUAACCGGCGGCUGGACUUCCGGUCGGCGGUUCAGGACCCGUGCGGCACGGGAGACUGCGGUUUCCCAGUUGCGCGGCCUGGCGCCGCCCGUCCUGCAGCCAGCCGUCGGUUGCCGACGGUCCGGCCGGCUUGCUGGCCGACGCUGA